AAUCUGUUGCCUGGGUAGAGGAUCAUGGGAACUCGCCCGAGCUCUUGCUCUUUUCUUUUUCCGCAAGCUGAACCCCUGCCCAGUGUCACCCGUGAUGGUGAAGCUCUCCUGUUCUUUCCUAGUUGCAGAUCUCUUAUUCUUUCGCAAUACGUGUUCACUCGCAUUUCUGCUUUCCUCUCAUCGUGUCUUUGUUGGCGACGUUCAGGUGCCCACUCUCCCCUCAUGGCAGCCUCCUUCAUCACAACUUUCGCAUCUUGUUACUAUGGCAACACAGAGAGGGCUUGGAAUUCUUUUUUAUAGCAUCUUGAUACUCUGGUUUCAGACUGCUGGAUACAGUAGAGAAUGGGAACUCUUUGCGUGUGCCUUUACUAGCUGUGUAGAAUAGGGGUGGGAAACCUGUCACCCUGCAAAUAUCUUUGGAUUACCAUUCAUGCAGCCCUGACCAUUGGCCAUGCUGUCCGGAUUUAGAGUCCAAUGACUUGGAGGACUACAUAUUUCUCGCUCCUGGUAUAGAGGAUGGAAUUAUGUUACAUACAAGGUUGCUGUUUUGCUGUUGCUUUUCAUCACUGCAGAACUUGAAGUGAAAACCUAAAAUUCCUUUGUAGAUUCCUACAGCUAGAAAAGGGCCAGACACUUUAAAUCUGACAUAACAUACUCCUCUGUCUGCCUCUCUUUCUAAUGCCAACUGAAUCACCUUCCUUUCUAGCUCAUAGCGGUAAUGCAACCUGCCAUGCCUUUUUGAGACCUGAAGUUCUGAUCUGUGGUCAUGCUAAUGGCAUGAAAUCUUAGUUCAGUGAGAUGAUCUUCCUUUGCAAAUAUACUUAACAUAAACAUCUGAAAUACACACAUUAAUAGAGGAUGUCAGUACUUUGAGUUUUAACUUCCUCCAUUAACUUCCUCCUUUCCUGUUUGUUAUGUUUUGUGCAAUCAGCAGUACCCAAAUUUCUUUAGUAGAAUAACUGUGUAUCACAAUGUUGAUCAAGCGAAAAGUUCUAUUUACCAAAUAGUCUCCUGUCCUCUGCCGCUUUUGCUUCCUCUUGUCACACACAUUCCUGCCUUACAUCCUCUACUGCAUUAUCUCACAGGACUCAAUUUCCAGUAUUCCUUUUCUUGUUUAUUUGAACAUCAGAUACAUUUCUGCAGAGAAGUAGCCUUGCUUCACAGGUUUUACUCUUGUCAUUAACAUCCACCUCCUGUGGUGGCUGUGCAUAUAGUGUUAGGUCCUGCACAUGCUUUGGUGGUUUGAUAGUAUACUAGCAUUCUUGUUGGGCUGCCUCAUCUUAAAUAUACACACAUACUGUUAUUAAAUUAGACUAGGCUGAAAAGCAUUUUCAAAUAUCUUAUUCUAGAUGGUGAAAAUAAGAUUGGGGUGAAAUGGAAGAUUUUUGUCCUAGUUGUUAGUAUUAGUUAGUAACUAGUAAUAGUUAGUAACUAUUAGUUGUUAGUUGCAUGAUCUUCAUUGAAUGUGGAACUAUGCUGCUGGAAUUGUUCCAUUUAUUCCUGAGGGAGAAUCUAAUUCAUGUAGGCAUUCCUUUGUACACAUGGAUAUUUCCCCUCCAUUGAAGCAGAUAGGGAAGCCCAUCCAUAGAAAAGAUCUGCACAAUAUGCACAGGUUUUAGAGUAAAAUUCUAUACAAGGUUAAUAACCUGUAAAGAAAUACCCUGUAUAAGGGUGCAUCAUAUAAGCUCUCUCUUUGCUGAAUAAAGCUUGAUGGUAUAUAUGUGUAUUUACAUAUUCUUAGCCAGAAAAAAUGUGCAUGAUGCAUGCUGAUACACUGUUUAACUAUGGUUAGUCUUCUUUGAACUUAACAGGAUCAAGCUGUGAAAGCUUCCUGGGACAAUUCUCCUGUAUUCUUGGGCUGGACAGAAAUCCGACAUUGUCAUCAGUAUGGUAUAAACAUUGUUGAAAUAAGCAGACAACUAGCAGAGAAACUUGGCAUCAAGAAUGGACAGCAGGUUUAUUAUCUGCCAGAUAUUCCUUGAGCCAUGUUCCCAAGUCUUAUCCUGUCAGCAAGUAGAAGUGGAACCCCUCUCAGCAGAUGAUUGGGAGAUACUGGAGCUGCAUGCUUUCUCACUUGAAAGCCAUCUUCUAGAUCAAAUUCGAAUAGUGUUUCCUGAAGCUAUUUUCCCAGUGUGGGUUGAACAACACACAUGUAUUUAUAUUAAAAUUGUUACCUUAAAACCAGCUGCUCUUUAUGGGAGACUUGAAGCUGGGACCAAACUUUGCAUACGCCCUAAAAUGCAUCAGCAUGAAGAAAGUUCCACCAUGCUGCCUUCUGCAAAGAAUCACUUGUUACAGGAUAAUAUGUCUAAAACUCAGUUAGAUUCAAGAGAAACAAUGAAAGAAUUAUGUGCCAAAGAAACCGAUUUAAAUAUGGGAGUCCCAGACCAUAACUCAGGCACAAAAGUGUCAUUAAGUGCAAAUGUCUUGCCAAACAUAUGGAACAUAAUUGGUAACAUUUUCUUUUAUCCUUCUGACAAGAAACAGGGAGCCUCUUGUGAUACUGGUGAACUGAAUACAAUCAAAGACAGCUUGUUGAACUUGAUUCACAUGGAUUCUAUUUUCAGAGUAUGUCAGACUCCACCCCCUAGUGUGCAAAGUACAUUAGCAUCAUGUACAUUACAGAAAUACAGUACCAUUCAUGUUUUUCCGUGGAAUCUAGACUUUCCAGCGUUAGAAGCCAGCAUUAAGGUUUCUUAUGGGAAGAUUAAUAAACUGCUCUCUCCAAGAGAACAGCAUCAGGAGUCAAGGCAGAAUCUAAUGUCCAAAAAAGAAAAGCAGAUGAUAAGUGUAGAAGACCAAAAGCAAUCCAGCAGCAAUAGAAGUCAAGAAUCCAGUGAGAAGACUGUUGUGCAGAUAAUAUGGAAUGGAUUUGAAGAUUUAAAGAAUAGCAUAUUGUGCAAUAAUCCUGUGGAGAAACUACAUGUUGGAAGAGUUUGGAUACCAGAAGAGUUGAGAAAAAGACUACAUAUAGAAGUACAUGCAGCUGUGAGAAUCGUAUCAGUGAAUUCAGACCCUAAAGUUCCAACAUCUAUUCAACUGCAUCCUGAAAGAACUUUAAAUAAUGAGAUCAGUGAAGAUGACAUUAAAAACACGUUUAAUUUGUGGUUAGAGGACUACAGCAAGCUUCCUUUGAUAAUAGCAGACAGAAGCUAUAUACAAUUACCGCUUAAAGAUGGCAUGGAGGACUUUGUUCUCAGUGUAGUCACUUCUGACACUGAAGAGGAAAAAGCAAAAAAUGCUUUCAUCUUGAGCCCUGGAUUGCUGCGGAAGGCAAAUAUACAAGUUCUGUUACAACCGAUGAACUUAGCCAGUGGUGGUGGUGGUACACAGUCUUCUUUUAACCAACAUCUUCCAUGGUUAAGCAUGAACUGUUUAGGAGGUGUAGAUAAAGAAGGAUUAUCUUGUUUCAAACACAUAUCACACAGCCUCUUGGGACAACCACUGUCUCAAAAGCUAGCUUCUGUAUCUGCAGGACUGCGUAGUGGAGGAAUCCUGAUUACUGGAGGAAAGGGAAGUGGCAAAUCAACUUUAGCAAAGGCUAUCUGCAAAGAAGCAUUUGAUAAAUUGGAUGCUCAUGUACAAGUAGUUGACUGUAAAGCAUUAAGAGGAAAAAGAUUAGAAAACAUUCAGAAAAGGAUUGAAGAAGCUUUUCUGGAGGCAGGAUGGAGACAGCCAUCUGUUGUUCUUUUAGAUGAUCUUGAUCACAUAAUUGGAGUUCCCCUUGCUCCAGAGCAUGAGAAGAGCCCUGAAGCAGUCCAAAGCAGCCAUCUUGCUUAUGUUUUGAAAAAUUUGAUAAAAGAAGUUAUUGCCAUGCAAAGUUUGAUUGCACUCAUUGCCACAAGCCUAUCUGAACAGUCACUGCAUUCUUCUAUUGUGUCUGCUCAAGGAAUUCAUAUAUUUCAAUGUUUUCAACAUAUCCAGGUUCCAAAUCAGGGACAAAGGUGUGAAAUACUUCAUUCCAUAAUCCAAAAUAAACUUGACUCCAGCAUAGAGAAGUUCUGUUAUCUUGAUCUCCACCUAAUUGCAAAGGAAACGGAAGGAUUUGUGGCUAGGGAUUUGACAAUGUUAGUUGAUCGUGCAAUACACUCAUGUAUUUCUAGCAAGGGAACAUGUCAAAAAGAAGAUUUGAUUCUGUCAACAUCAGACUUCCAAAAAGCUUUACAAGGUUUCACCCCAACUUCUUUGAGAAACAUUAGCCUUCAUAAACCUCAGGACUUUGGCUGGGAUAGGAUUGGUGGCCUUAAGGAGAUACAGCAAGUACUUAAAGAUACAAUCCAAUUACCUGCAAAGUAUCCAGAGUUAUUUGCAAACCUGCCCAUACGACAGAGAACAGGAAUAUUACUAUAUGGGGCUCCAGGAACAGGAAAAACUUUAUUAGCAGGUGUAGUUGCUCGAGAGAGUAGAAUGAACUUUAUCAGCAUCAAGGGACCAGAACUGCUCAGCAAAUACAUUGGAGCAAGUGAACAAGCAGUUCGAGAUCUAUUUAACAAAGCACAGGCAGCCAAGCCUUGCAUACUUUUCUUUGAUGAAUUUGAUUCUCUUGCUCCUCGGCGAGGUCACGAUAACACUGGUGUAACUGACCGAGUUGUUAAUCAGCUGCUGACUCAGUUAGAUGGCGUAGAAGGCUUAGAAGGAGUUUAUGUACUAGCAGCCACUAGUCGCCCUGAUUUGAUUGACCCUGCCCUUUUGAGGCCUGGUCGCCUGGAUAAGUGUCUGUAUUGUCCACCUCCUGAUCAGGCUUCCCGAUUUGAAAUUCUUAAAGCACUGAGUCAUCAUCUUCUUCUGGCACCUGAUGUAGAUUUACAGCAUUUGGCAGCAAAAACUGAGCAUUUCACAGGAGCAGACCUCAAAGCUUUACUAUACAAUGCCCAGUUAGAGGCAGUGCAUGCUAAUUUGGGUUCAACCUUGCCCCAGGAUAUAGGCUCUAGCUCAGACAGUGAUCUCAGUCUAUCAUCAAUGGUUUUCUUAAACCAAAGCAGUGGAUCAGAUGAUUCUGCAGGAGAUGGAGAAGGAGGCUUGGAACAAUCUCUAGUCUCCCUUGAGAUGUGUGAGUUGCUUCCUGAAGAUCCAAGAUCCAACAUAUAUCGUCUUUACUUUGGCAGUUCCUAUGAAUCUGAACUUGGGAACGGAACUGUUUCAGAAAUGAGCUCUCAGUGCUUCUCAGGACCAAACUCCAUGAAUCAUGAUUUAACUAGCAUAUCUCUAAAGGAUUUUGUAUCCUCUCAACCUCCAGUGUUAAGAGCAGCAUUACAGGAAGGUUACCAAGAACUUAAUCAAGAUCAGAUAGAGCAACUCAGGGCUGAAAUCAAUGCUAUCAAGGCCAACUACAGGAGCAGAAAUGGAGAAGGGGUCACUCCCAGCCCAUCCAUAGUAAGCAAGAGAACACUAAGUAUUACUCAGAUUCACCUAAUGACUGCACUUGAAACCACAAAGCCAUCUAUUAAUCAGGAUGAAUGGAAGAAAUUUGCUGAACUGUAUGAUAAUUUUCAAAAUCCAAAGAGAAAAGGAUCCAGUGGACUAGCUUUCAAACCAGGACAAAAAGUAACAUUGGCUUAACUUCUGUGAAUAUGGAAGUGAUUAUAAUCACUAAGUAGUUUUCACUGCAAAGUGUUUACUUUGCUAAAUUAUAUCAAUAUAUAUAAUAUACACAUGUGAAUAUAUUGAUGCUAGGAUAAUAAAUGAUUGAUUUCUUUGAAAUAACUUGUUGCAAAAUUAUUUUACAUAAUUGCAGUUUUCAAAUUAUGUCUUCCUGAAAACCUAUAUUAAAAUGUUUGAGGUA